UGCCCAUGGGCCUUGUUGGCCCGCAACCACCAGCAUUACCUACACUUUUUUUCUUUUUCUUUUUACUCGUAUUUGAGUUGAGUUGGGUUCUUCUUCGUCGUCGUCUCCGGAUCGAAUUCGCUGAAGUUGAUCGAGUUGAAGUUGAUCAACUGUGGAUUAAUAGAGUUGAAGUUGAUCGAUUCCUUUUUCUUCUCGACGAUCCAAUCUCUCUCUCCUGUACGAGCAGUUUCGACCAAAAAAUCCCUAGCCGCCGCCGCCGCCGCCGCCGCCAUGUUGGAGGAGCUGCUCAUCUUCACGCGCGGCGGCCUCAUCCUCUGGUCCUCCUGCGGUGCCGCAUUCUUCCGGGGAAGGGGAUCCCCCAUCGACGCCCUCAUCCACUCCUGCCUCCUCGAGGACCGCUCCUCCUCCUUCGCCCACGGCUCCUACGCCCUCAACUGGACCUUCAACAACGACCUCGGCCUCGUCUUCGUCGCCGUCUACCACCGCCUCCUCUACGUCGACCACCUCCUCGCCUCCGUCCGCCGCCGCUUCUCCCAGAUCUACGACCCCGCACGCACCACCUCCUACGAUGACCCCUUCAACGACAUCUUCCGCCAGCUCCACCUCGAGGCCCAAGCACGUGCCGACCACCACAUGAACAAUAACAUUAACACCACCCCCGCUGCUCCGGAUGAUUCUGACGAUGAUGAUGCUGACGCCACCAAUGUUACCUUCACCAAGCCACAACAGAAUGCUGCUCUUCUUCCCAAAGGAGUAUUGUCGCCAGGAACAAGCCCAAACCUGGCCGAAACAAGAAUAACAAGCCCAAAGCUGAUCAAGAAGCUGGAUUUAGGGUGUGGGGUGAUGCACCUUCUGACAAGAAGCUGGAUUUCACUGACCCAACUGAUAAGAGAGAGGUUCUCCUCCAUGUUUAACAGCAUUGCAGGUAACAAUGUGCUUGAUAAGUCUAAUCUUCAGCCUGCACUCAAAGCGCUUAAAGAUAGGCUGAUGACUAAGAAUGUGGCUGAAGAAAUUGCAGAAAAGCUUUGUGAAUCAGUGGCAGCUAGCCUUGAGGGCAAAAGGCUGGGAUCCUUCACAACGAUAUUCUCUAGCGUUCAGACAGCUAUGGAGGAUGCUCUUCUCCGUAUCUUAACCCCGAGGCGAUCUAUUGAUAUAUUAAGGGACCUACAUGCUGCCAAAGAGCGUGGGAAGCCAUAUGUUAUAGUUUUUGUUGGAGUGAAUGGAGUUGGCAAAUCCACCAAUCUUGCGAAGGUUGCGUAUUGGCUUCUUCAGCACAACCUCAGUGUAAUGCUGGCAGCAUGUGAUACCUUCAGAUCUGGUGCUGUUGAGCAGCUGCGCACUCAUGCUCGCAGGCUUCAGAUACCUAUAUUCGAGAAGGAAUAUGAAAAGGAUCCAGCGGUUGUUGCAAAGGAGGCCAUUCAGGAAGCUACUCGUAAUAAAUCAGACGUUGUUCUGGUUGACACUGCUGGACGUAUGCAGGAUAAUGAACCUCUCAUGAGAGCACUCUCCAAGCUUAUCAAUCUCAAUAGCCCAGAUCUAGUUUUAUUUGUUGGGGAAGCGUUGGUUGGUAAUGAUGCUGUUGAUCAACUCACCAAAUUUAACCAGAAAUUAGCAGACCUUUCCACUGUUCCUACUGCCAGAUUGAUAGAUGGCAUCCUGCUGACCAAGUUUGACACCAUUGACGACAAGGUCGGAGCUGCACUUUCCAUGGUUUACACAUCUGGAGCUCCAGUGAUGUUCGUUGGUUGUGGUCAGUCUUACACUGACCUGAAGAAGCUGAAUGUAAAAUCCAUUGUUAAUACCCUGCUAAAGUGAAUGCAGUGCGUGCUGCACAAUAUGUACCGUCUUUAAGUAUUGCUAUCUUGAAAUACCCAAUGACCUCGUCAUCUUUGUGUUGGAUGCGGAUCUGCUCUUAUUAACUGUUCUAGUACAAACUGCCACGAGUUACCCCUUGUAUCACAUGUUUUACCUGGUUGCCCUGCAAUAUAGUAAUAGCACCACAUGCCAUUU